CAGGAUGGAGGCCAGCAAGUUAAUACAAACAGGAAAUUCAUUGAAAAUUAAAAUAUCAAUCAAAAACAGUUAUACAAACGUACUAUGGACUACUAAAGAAUUUAUAAUGAAUGCAGCAGCUGUAUUUCAGGUCAAAGUAUUUGCAUCAAAAGAUGUAAAUACAAGUACAUUCAAUAAUUUAAUUUUUGUGAGAUUUGUAAAACUUCACAAAGAGGACAACUUGACUUACAUCAUAAAAGUUCAGAGCAAAGAGUUGAGUAUUACUUGUAAAAAUUUCAAAAGUGAUGAUGACACAUGGCACUUGGUACAGGAUAAUAUAAAAUCACAGAAUUACUCUUUUAUUGUUACUGCGCAUAUUGAUAUAUCUCCAAGUGCUUGCCCCUUAGCACUUCUUCAUGAUGACACAGAGUUGACGGAUUUUGAGCUCAAAGGGGAGGAUGGUUCAAUAAGCAUUCAUCGUGCAGUACUUGCUGCUGCAAGCCCAGUCUUAAAAGCAAUGCUAAGUGGUAAAUGGCGAGAGAGCACUGAUGGUAAAAUGGAUAAGCUGGACACGUCUAAAGCUGCAUUGCAAAACUUAAAAGAUUAUUUGUAUUUAGGCACUUUACCAAAGGUAAUCCUGGACCUGGAGCAGUUGCUGCUUUUGGCAUCAUACUACAUGAUAAAAGAUUUAGAGCAAAAGUGUGUUUUUAAAUUAGUUAGUAUGAUAACUGCAGUAAACGCCUGUGAUUUGUUAGAGAUGGCCGGCCAACACAAAGUGAAGCAACUACAGUUGGCUAUACUAGAAUGUGUUGAAGAAGGUGUAAUAAAGGUUGAUGAUAUACGUAAUCACUCACAAACACUUGAUUGCGAAGCAGGUGAAGAGUCUCUGUGACACAACCAGAAUGCUCUUUAUUUUUGUGUAAGAAUACUUUAAAAGAGGUAUUUUAUAAAAUUUUCGAUAAAGAAAAUAAUUUCAAUUUAAUAUUUUGUUAUUUUUUUGAUACAAUUACAUUUAUUUUAUUAAUUUUAAUUUUGAUACACCACAUAAUUACACACUAUUGCAUUAGGAUUAUUCCUGUAUAAAUUGUGUUUGUGUUUUUUCAAUAAAUAAAUACCAUUUUCAAGAAAAUUUUAGUAGAAAAAGUUCAGCUUGAUCCUGGUCCUCCUGUUUGUUUUAAAGAUAUCUUAACAAAUAAUUUUACAAAAAUUAAAUGAAAGUAGUUCUUUAUUAUUAUUUAUAUGUAUGAUACUGUAAUAUAUUACAAUAAAAAUUAGUAAGUAAGUACACUUGAUUUCCCUUUAUGCUGGAUACAGCAGAGUUGAUGAUAGUCUUUUCAUGUUAUAUUUAUUUCUUUGGAUUGUAGCAACGUAGGCUUCUGUAAUUAAUAUAAAAUCAAUUAAAAAUGCAAUAAUUUGUAGUAUACUACUUGCCCCAUUUCUUUCUGUAGUAUUUAAUUCAAUAUUUUUUUGUAAUCUCGUAGUGUUUUAUUAUGGCUUAAAAAACACAGCGCUAUCUACUUGCAACGAUUGAUAUGAUCCACCCACCACUAAAAGCACUGAAGAGACCCGUAUUACCAGAAAACUGCAUUUUCAUUUGCGCGCGUAGUAAAUGUAAAUGCAGUUUUCUGGUAAUAAAACGCAAUCACGCGCAGUGGUGCAGACCGCGCGCAGUGUUGCAGUUUACGCCGCGCGCCUACAUGCAGAGAAACACUAGUUAAGAGCCGUUACGCACUGUCGACAGGUCGCCGGCGACUCGGCAUCUCGGCCAAAACAAAGGCAACUAGAGACGGAGACCAAGCCGAGCGACAGUAUUCCAAGUACAUACGAUUUCCACGUUCGGUCGUUACGACAGUCGUUCGCAGUGUGAAUGCUUCCAUUUGAAGUCGUGCUCCUAUUGGUCGCCUGCGACCGAUAGGUCGAUAGGUAGGUAGGAGUUGUCGUGUCGCCCGAGCGACCGACGACCAAGUGCGUAUACACCUAAUUAAACUAUAGUAAAGCACAGUGACCGUCGACCGAGUCGCCGGCGACCAGUCGACAGUGCGUAAUGGCUCUUAGAAACCUGCACACAUUUUGCAGAUCCGCACUUCUGCAACCACGCGCGUGGUUCCGUCGCCCGCCAUGUACCACGCAUAGGCUCGUGAUCUGCAACACUGCGCGUGUGUGAUCUGCAUCUCACUGCGUGAAAGCGUUUGCAAUGACGACCUCCUUCGCCGACUCGAGAGGUCCCGGGUUCGAAUCCCGGUGGGGGCAGAUGUUUGUGUGAUGAAUACGAGCAUUUGUACUCCAGUCAUACCAGCCAGGAUGUUUAAUAUGUAUUUCUAUAUAAAUAUACUUAUAUAUGUACAGUAUAUGUAUUCUAUCCGUUACCCUAGUAUCCCAUAACACAAGCCUUAUAGUGCUUAGCUUGGGGCUAGUCUAAUUGGUGUGAGUGUUGGAAAUAUUUAUUAUUUAUUAAUGUGUUGCAUUGCGCAAUAUAAAGAGAGGCACUUGCAAGCAACGUACGAACAAGCACGCACCGUUGUGCCACAUGUACGUUUAUUUACUCAUUUUUAUUAAAUAACUAGCGGCCCGCCCUCGCUUCGCUUCGGUGUAGAGCUGAAGUGUACACUAUAGUUUUUUUUCUCAGGCUUGUAUUAUACACAAUGACAUUCAUCUAUGAUUCUUCUUAUACCU